AUGGUUUCAUACAAAUUCUUUUCAAUUGCUGUUAUCGUUGCUUUUUUGACCACAGCUGCUCAAUCGGCUCCUAACAACAAUGAUGAUGUCAAUUGUCAAUUCGCCUCCAAAUUUUCUCCUUCUUCCUCUGAAAACGCUAAACUCCACAUUGUCAUAUUGAAAUCUUCUUCUUCUACAUCAUCGUCUUCAAAAAAAAAUACUGCCUCCAAACAUUUUAAAAUGUUGGAAAAAUGUUUAGGAAGAAAAAUUCAAAAAGUCAAUGCAAACAACUUCUCUGCAAGAUCAGAUGAUAAACAAAUGAUCUAUGAUUUCUCUGUUGAUUCAGACGUAGUCGGAUACAAUGGAUACUUUACUCCUGAAGAUGCUAAAAAAAUAGCAAAAUUGAAUGAAGUUUCUAUCGUCGAACGAGAACAGAAAGUCAAAGCAAAUUAUGUUCUUCAAUCUAGAGCCGUUGUUAAUAAUCCAUUAUUCAAUUUGGAUCGUAUCGAUCAAGCUAAUUUGCCACUUGACAAAAAAUACACCUUUCCUGACACAGCUGGUCAAGGCGUAAAUGUCUACGUUAUCGAUACUGGAAUCAAUGUUGACCAUAGCGACUUUGGUGGACGUGCAAAACAUAGUGCUAGUUUUUGUAAAGGAUGUGGCGAUAAAGAUGAUAAUGGUCAUGGUACCCAUGUUGCUGGCACAGUUGGCGGAAAGACUUUUGGAGUAGCCAAGAAAUGUAACCUACUUGCGGUAAAAGUACUUGCUGCUGAUGGUAGUGGUACAAAUACUGAUGUUGUUAAUGGUAUGUUACACGUUCUCAGUCAGCAUAAAAAAGAUUCCAACAAAAACACUGUCGUUAGCAUGUCACUUGGCGGAGGUUUUUCUCAAGCUAUCAAUGAUAUUGUCCAAAGACUUACCAGUGCAGGUAUUCAUGUUGUAGUAGCAGGAGGUAAUGAUUCUGCAGAUGCUUGUGGAGAUUCACCAGCAUCUGCACCAUCUGCCAUUACAGUUGGUGCAACAGAAGAUAAAAGUGACCAAAUUACCGAUUUCUCAAACUUUGGCAAAUGUAUUGAUAUGUUUGCACCAGGUCGUAAUAUUAAAUCUGCCACUUUUGAUGAUAACAAUGGUUCAGUCGUAUUCUCAGGAACCAGCCAAGCAACACCACAUGUCUCAGGAACAAUUGCAUUGAUUAUUGCUAAAGAAGGCAACGCAAGUCCAAGUAGUAUGGCAUCAAAACUUAUAAGUCUAAGUACCAAAGGUGUUGUUGACGGUUUGGAUGAUACUACACCAAAUAGAUUUUUGCGUGUUCCAUCAGCCUAA